GCUAUACUUUUACACAAUAUGUAUAAUUUCUUUGCAUCUGCUUCGAUUAUUGCACCUGCAUGCGUCUUAACCACGUACUAUUAACUGAAAUAACUGAUUGUUGAAAUGUGUUGCUGAAAUAAAGCGGUGUUAUUUUCAGGUUAAACGCGUGGGAAACUGUGUGUGGUGGUGAGAAUCUCGUGUGUGCUAGCUAGCCAACGAUCAAGAGGAAACCUAUAUUACAAGAGAUAUAGAAAAUGCCACCUAAAGGAAAGGGUGGCAAAGGUGGUAAAGGAGGUGCUGCUGCCUCAGGCAGUGGGGACAGUGAUCAGAAGGAGAAGGCUCAGAAAGGAGGUACAGCAGUCAAGGUUCGGCAUAUUCUCUGUGAAAAGCAUGGUAAGUGUAUGGAGGCAAUGGAGAAACUCAAGGCUGGCAUGCGCUUCAGUGAGGUUGCAACACAAUACAGUGAGGACAAAGCCAGACAAGGAGGUGACCUUGGCUGGAUGACAAGAGGAUCAAUGGUGGGACCAUUUCAGGAUGCAGCAUUUGCAUUACCCAUCAGCACUAUGGACAAACCUGUAUACACAGAUCCUCCUGUGAAAACAAAGUUUGGCUACCAUAUUAUUAUGGUUGAAGGCAAAAAGUGAUCUCUCUUAAAUGGACUAAAGAGCUUGAUGUUGUGUUACAAUGCCAUUUGAAUAAUCCCCACCACAACACAAUGCAUAUUGCAUUUUCAAUAUUGUCUGCAGUCAUUGAAGUUCUUUUUUUUUUUUUUUUUAUCAUCUUGUAAAUUUCAGCCAAUAAAAUAUCUCUCUCUU